CCCGCUACAACAACUGGACAACUAUCCCGUACCCGCCCAAACUACCCCACACCCCACCAUCCCUAGGGGCCCUCUCCCCUCUCUAUCACAAACCACCUUCGCACCCACCAAACACACAAAAAGUUCAAGCCCAACAUGCCACCCUCGGCCUCGAUCCACCGCACUCUUAGUGCAGCCACAACAACCGACCCCAACUCCAAACGCCGCCGCUUCCAACCCCCGAUCACCACCUUCUUCACCACAGCCACCGACCCAACCGCCCACCCCUCGCAAACCGCCCACCACACCCACAACCACUACUCCACCUCCACCUGCUCCCCGACCCCGACCCUCGCCCCGAAGGUCCAGGCCUCCCUCCUCUCCGUCGGCAUGCGUGUCCGCAAGUCUAUCGCCGAGGGCUACAAGACCCACCACCAGUCGAGCAAAGCCCUAUUCUCCGGGGCCCCGCCAUCUUACCACCAUGACCAAAACCAGUCCAGUUCUCUGAUCACCACCGACGAAGGCGACGCAUUCUCCCUCCCCGCCAGCUCGCAGGAGUCCACUGACUCCGCCUCCUCCCUCCCGUUCACGGGUACGAAGCGCGGCUUGGGGGACCUCGAUCACUACCGCGCCGACAGUAAUGAGAGUGACAGUGAGACGGAUGAUUUCCCCAGCGCUGAGAUGUGGGGUCAGCGGAUCUCUCGAGCCGAGCCUGCUGCUGCGGUUAUUGGGAGGACGAUUCUCGCGCCGCGGAGUAAGAACAACAACAUCCGGAGGCGGUUUGUGGUCACCGGACGGGAUGGUGCUUGCACCGUUGCUACUACGAUGGACGUGGAACUUGGGACGGACUUCGAGGAACCGGCUUUUUUGAGGAGUCGGGAGGAGGUGGAGGGGUAUGAGCUUGAUGGGUCUCCGAGGGCGUGCAGGGAGGUGGAGAUGGGGGAUGUUUGAUUUUUCGCCAUUUGGCCUCCAAUACCUGCCUUGGGACGUUUCGGGGUGGGAAGAAGGGUUGAAUCAUGAUGCUGUGCUUUGUUUGGGUUUGUCUCUGUGUGUUUUUUUAGCCAGCGUUGCCAUUGUCUGUACUUUACCCCUCUUUUUACCCAGUUCUCCUGUCGAGGGGCGUUUACUGGCUGGUUCCGGUGAUCCAGUGAUACUCAGGGUUAUGAUGAUAUGCUGGAAAGGAUUCAGCAGAGGGUUUGCUAUGAUUGGUCUAGGCUAUGCUUCUAUGAUCUGGGAUGGACUUUUGGGUGACGGAUUUCUUGUGCUGUACAUAUUCUCACCCCCCUUCACCUUAUCAUCUUUACGAGUAUCAAUGCGAGGGAGAGCCGAUCGCAUGUAUAGAUAGUGUACUCCGUACAUGGACUUGCAAUUCCCAACAAGCAACAAGAAAU